AUGGUUGUUAGUGAUUCCGGAUAUCCACUGUUACCAUAUUUAAUGAUUCCUAAGCUAAAUCAAAUACCAGGGUCACCAUCUGCAGCUUACACUAAUGCACAUGUAAAGGCCCGAUGUUCAGUUGAACGGUGCAUAGGCGUUCUGAAAGGACGUUGGAGAUGUUUGCGAAAGGUACGGGCGCUUCACUACAAACCAGAAUUUGCAGCACUGAUUGUUAAUGCUGGAUGUGUUCUACACAACGUCGCAAAAUGGUACAAUAUCCCAGAUCCAGAGCCGUAUUUCGACGACCUUGAAGUUCAUGAUGCCGAUGGAAUUGAUGCCAUGGAUGUGCUUAAUCGUCGUACAGGAAAUGAAGUUCGAGAGAACAUAAUACGGCGCUUUUUUAUGUAA